AGGGGUUUUCCCUCUCUCUGUGUCUGCUGGAGUGGGCGGAUGGUGGAGCCAUGAACUAUGCAAUCCAGUCCAGGGCUUCAGGGCAGCCAGCAAAGUGUGCACUAUUGUGUGCGGCUGAAAAAAAGAAAGAAAGAGACCAAAAAAAGGAGGGGGAAGAAAAGAAACUCUGGCCCUUUGUGUGGAGACGACUCAGCAGGAAAGCGAUUUUGCAAUUACUUCAGCUUACCGGUAAAGCAAGCUCAGUUCCUCUGAUCUGUACACACGUGCACACUGGACUGUCUCACUCGGUCUGCUUAUACAUAUGUAUACAAGUGUGAGUGUGUGUCUAUGGGCUGCGUCUGGACGUGCUUCAAGGGCCAACAGCAACGCAGUGCUUCUCCCCCUGAUGAUGAGAGCCAACGUCAGUCUAACCCAUGAAUAUUGAUGUGGAGGUAGUCUGUUUCAUUGACGAACAGAAGGAAGCAAGAUGGCUGCCCUUUAGGAUUUGUUUAAGAGGAGAACUAAACGGUUUGCUGGAAUUCUACAAAGUGGAGGGACUUAAAACCAGCUUUCCCAAAUAUACCAUCAGUCUACAAUUGGUCGAACAAACAGGACGCAGAGAGGGCAGCCUUGUGAAUGGACUCAGAGCAGACCAGAUGGAAGAAGAAAAAAACAGCCAUGAGACGGAAGAAAGUCUGAUAAUUGCACAAAUCAGUGCCACUCAGCAGACAGAGACUCUACUCGCAAAGCGGAAGAAUGGAGAUCAGUCACCUGAUGUCUUAUCUCAACAGCUCAAUGGGGACACCAACUGGACAUAUUUUAAGCCCAGCCCAGAGGUCUACCCAGUGAAACAACAAUGGGGGAAAUGUUCCAGCCCUACUAACAUUAAGGGGAUACUUGAUCAAAAUAUGUAUGAAAUGAAUGGAGAGAAAAAGCAUGCGCUCAGUGAACAGACACUUGACUUUCACCAGCCUAAAAAGCACUGCACUGAUUCAGAGAUGAAUGGAGUUGAGGACCUGAAGCUUUGGGAUAAAAGAGAGGCAGGAGUGGUGCACCAAUUAGAGGAAUUCCCUAAGCACAAGCCAGGGGAUUCUGAUUUAAAACGUAAUAAGAGAAACUGUAAUUUUCCCAAUGGGGAUGUCUUCUCGCUGUCUAGGAACAAGCAGGUGCCAAUGCCCAAUGGUGCUCCAAUUACCCCAACUUCAGAGAAGGGUACAACUGGUGACCUUUUAGAGAAAACUUUGUCUCAGUAUUACCCAGAACUUGUUUCCAUUGCACCUCAGACCUACUCAUCUCAAGUAGAUGAGGUCACCAGCAACCUGUCUGAGCAGGCAAUUCCUACACCUUCAUUUACCUCAGGUAUCCCUAUCUCACCCCAAACUUCUGCCUCCGAGCCACUUGCCAAAGCAAUCCCAGAGGUGCAAGGCAGCAAUGGCUACAACCCAGAAUUUAGAGUGAAUAGAUACUCUGUUAGCUUUGCAAAUGAGCAAAAGGAGCCUACUGAGAUGGAAACACAUUCACUGAGUCAGGCGGGUGUGGAGUCCAAUAUGACAUUACAAACAGGCAUCAAUAGUUUCUCACAGAUUCAGAAAGAUAGAGAAGGCCUUUCAAAUGACACUGAGUCUUUAAGCAUGUUCUCUAAGUCCAACCAGGAUUUCAACCGGGAAUCUUACAUAUUGCCCCCAGUGAUGGCAGGUACCACAUGUCCAACUGAUAGGGAUGGUACAUUCAACUCAUUCAGUUGCUCAACCAGCCCUCAUGCACAAAGCACCAAGACAAAUCAGCAGAACCUACAGUUUAAGAUCCCACAGAAACUGCAAAUGGAUGGAAGCCUCCAGGACAAUAAAGAUUCUUUAUUGCAGCAGCAGACUUUUGAGCCUCAAACUGUAGACAACAGGUUGAUUUCCCAGGCCUGUUCAACAGCACCUCAGAAUCAAUGCAGUGAGCAAGAUAAUACUCUGCACGCAGGUCAAAAAAAUUCAAUGUCAAAGAGUACAGAAAACUCAUCUCAAAAGGACUGGACUGAUUUAAACUCAGCUCCAUCACCACACCCACCUACCGACCAACCUCACAUGUGGGAUUUUUUCCUUAACCAGGCUCAAAUGCAGCAGGAUACAGUUCCACAGAGCCAAAGUCAUCUAAUAAAUCCUGUACACUCAAACAGCUUCCAGUCUCAAAAUUUCAGUAAGCCCAGUUUUGCCUCACAUGAACGUCAGACACAAGAUAUUUACAAAAAUUCCCCACCCAGUGCACAACUUCCCCACAGUUCUAGCCCUGAAUGUCAACAGAGAAAUUCUGGUAUGCAGGGUCACUUUAACAUGCAAUCUAACAAACCCCAGCAAUUAUGCAAAAAUGAUCAAGAUUUGGACCAGAUUCGAUCUCCAGGUAUGCUCUCUCAGCCACCACCUGUUGAGCCUCAUAAGCAGGCCACCAGCACAUACCCUCAUCGGUUUCUCCAGAAUGUGCAUAGAAUGCAAGCAGCUCCACAAUCACAAGACACUGCCCAGAGCCAGACAGAUGCACCUCUCUUGAAAAGGCUUAAAAUGGAGGGCUGCCUUCAUUCAGAAUCCCAGAGGUUACCUCUAGCUAACAAAACAACAGCACAAACUCAGUCUAGUCCAAUUAUGAGAGCAAACUCUAUAUUUCUAGAUUCUUUUAGGUCAAAUGUACAGCCUUUGUCUAAUGAAGUGGACGCUACGCUAAGUGAUGCAAUACAGAUCCAAAAGAACCUCCAGCAGAACAUACAGUACUCUCAGGGCAGCAGUAAGCAACUGAACUACCAGCAACCUCUCCAUCACAGGAUACACAAUCAUUUGGAACUGACGGAUUCACGAUCGCGACUGUCUCAAAUUCCAAAUGAUCUGCAGAUACCUCAAGCAGAUUUGCAGAGACAUGCAGCCUUGCGAAUGCACAUUCUACAGAAGCAGGAGAGGCAAGGCCCCAACCACAUUAGGCCAAGUAUGCAAGCCAUGAAAAGUGAAAACUGUGCAAGUUUAGAGGCCCCAGCUCAACUGCCACCCCUUCAAAUGCAGCAGCAAUAUCAAGACAAAACCAAAGUCAUGCCUCUGAUAGUAAAGCAGGAGUGUCCAUCUUCAGCCUGUGAACAAAGCCAACAGAGGAGCAUUCUAGCUACAAUGGAACAGCAGUUACAACAGUAUGAGCUCUCACCUGUGUUUGAAAGAAAAUCUUUGCUCAUCAAGUCACCCAAUAAGGUGAAGGUGGAGAUGGCUGGGGGGGUGACAGUGCUCUCAACUAGUGCUGAGGGGAAUAUCAAGCACCAGUGCAAACCACAAGAUUUCACCCCACCUAAAAAAAUUGGGUUACAAAGCUUUCUGGAGUCACCCAUGAAGCUGCUUGAUACACCAAUAAAAAACCUGCUGGACACACCUGUGAAAACACAGUAUGAUAUUCCAUCAUGCCACUGUGUCGAGCAAAUAAUUGAAAGGGAUGAAGGCCCGUAUUACACUCACUUGGGAUCAGCCCCAACUAUUGCAGGUAUCCGCGAUGUUAUGGAGAAAAGGUCUGGACUGACUGGAAGUGCCAUUAGGAUUGAAAAAGUUGUGUAUACAGGCAAGGAAGGCAAGAGCGCACAGGGCUGCCCCAUCGCCAAAUGGGUAAUACGGAGGGCAAGUGUGGAUGAGAAACUCCUGGUCUUGGUGCGAGAGCGGGUUGGUCACUCUUGUGAGACAUCCUGUAUAGUAGUGGUCAUCUUGAUUUGGGAAGGCAUACCAACCAACCUGGCUGACAGUCUCUACUCAGAACUUAGUGGCACUCUAACAAAACACGGCGCCCUAACCAACCGCAGAUGUGCUCGCAAUGAGGAGAGAACAUGUGCAUGUCAGGGUUUUGAGCCUGAUGCCUGUGGAGCCUCUUUCUCAUUUGGUUGCUCCUGGAGUAUGUACUAUAAUGGCUGCAAAUUUGCCAGGAGUAAGGUCCCUCGAAAGUUCAAACUUCUUGGGGAUGAUCCCAAGGAGGAGGAGAAACUGGAACAAAAUCUCCAGGGUCUUGCAACUUUGAUGGCCCCACUGUACAAAAAAAUGGCACCUGAUGCUUACUCCAAUCAGGUGGAGCAUGAACACAGAGCUCCUGAUUGCCGUCUGGGCCAAAAGGAAGGACGCCCAUUUUCUGGAGUGACAGCCUGUCUAGACUUCUGUGCCCAUGCUCACAGAGACCUGCACAACAUGCAGGGGGGCAGUACUGUGGUCUGCACGCUAACACGAGAGGACAAUCGUGAGAUUGGAAAAAUUCCUGAAGAUGAGCAACUGCAUGUUCUUCCCUUAUACAAGGCUUCAUCCACUGAUGAGUUUGGCAGUGCUGAGGCUCAGCUGGAGAAGACCAAGACCGGUGCUAUUCAGGUGCUCAAUGCCUUUCGUCGACAGGUACGUAUGCUGUCAGAGCCUGCUAAGUCAUGCCGGCAGAAGAAACUGGAUGCCAAGAAAGCUGCAGCUAACAAGACAACCCACCCCAGUACACCGAAUUCCAAAAUGGACAGCACCCAGCAAGCAAAGCAGAAACAAAGUGCUUAUGAGUACCCAGGCCAGAACACACCUGUAACAGGCCCAAGUAACAUGAAAGCUACUCCGGACUCUGGGCAGCCCUUAAAUGCUCAUGCUGCCCAUUUGCAGCAGCACCAGCAGCCAACAUGCCCCAAUCCUGCUCCCCCUUACCCCGGCCCAGCCUUCUCUAGAUUCUUAAAUCCACCAGGAUCCUUACCUAACACUUUUAAACCAGCACAACCGCAUCCUCAAACACCAUCCUCUGCCAGUCCUUAUCCCUCUUCUUUAAACGUUUCCAACCCUUACAUUAAUAUGUCUAAUUCAUCCAUCCCAUAUUCAGGGUCUCUUACACCCAACACCCUUUACACCGGUAACCAAUGUAAUGGAGGAGGGCGCAUGGACAACUACCACCCUUACUACUUUUCCAAUCUAAAGCAUUUAGAUAUGUAUCAUCCCCAAAGAAAUUCACUGUACUCUGAGCAGCAGUACAGUGCACCUCAACAUUAUGGGGUCAACUAUCCACCACACUAUGGAGAGCCUAGCUUGGCAGUCAAUGGUUAUAGCACUUGUAACAUGAGACCUGGCAUGCACUCUAUGGGACAUUUCCCAGGUUACAGCCCUAAUAUGCCACCCGAUGCCUUCUCUAGGCCUCCCUCAGCCCAUUCACAUUUGGACUAUGCAGCUGUUGGUAAAAGCAGCCAGUUUGAAGCUUACCCCAAGCCUCAUAUGUCCCAGAAUCCUCAGAUGUUUCCCCCAAAUCUAAAUACCUUGAGUAUGCAAAGUAAUAAAGAUUUAGAGAUAAACUCGCAUGGAACAAAUGGUAUCUCUCAGGUGUUUCCUCCUUUGGGCAAUGAAUGCUUCAACCCGAACCAACCCCCAGGGUUGAUGCAGUUUAAUGAAAAUGCCUUUAAUCCCCUCGUCAAACAGGAACCAUGUUCCCUGACUUUAGAGAAAAAAGAAAAGGAAGAUGUGUGGUCUGACAGUGAACACAACUUCCUGGACCCUGAAAUUGGAGGGGUGGCAGUGGCACCUAGUCAUGGAUCGAUCAUUAUUGAGUGCGCUAAACGUGAGCUCCAUGCAACUACGCCACUCAAGAAGCCUGACCGCAACCAUCCCACCCGUAUAUCUCUGGUUUUCUACCAACACAAGAACCUCAAUGAGGCGAAACAUGGACUGGCUCUGUGGGAGGCCAAAAUGGCAGAGAAAGCCCGGGAGAAAGAGGAUGAUGCUGAGAAGCAUGGUGCUGAAAACACAUCCAGCAAGAGCAGUGGAAAAAAGGUGAAACGAGAACUUUCGGAAGCCUCAGAGCCUCCAUCUAAGCGAUUCCUCCUCAUGCUUACUGGACAGUCAAUGUCAUGCACUACAAAUACAUACGUAAGCACAUCUCCCUAUGCCUUUACCAAGGUGACUGGGCCUUACAAUCAUUUCUUGUGAAAACCUCCAUAGGUUUAGAGCAUUUACACGUUCACACACAAGAGUGGCAUCAGAAGAAUGAAAUGGUGCUACAGAAUAGGGUUGCUGACCUUAGUGCCACUGGCCACAUAACUGGUUUGUGUGAGGCUACUGACAAUAGACCAGUAAGAUUCAGUUUCACACUUUGUAGAAAGGCAUAGCAGAUAUAAAUCAGGCUUGUCAGCUUUUAAGAGGUCAAGCUUUACUGUUUGACCAAUUGGAAGUAUUUAUUUAUUAUUUUAUUACACUCUUAUGAUAACACACUGUUGCUCUUACAUGGUGCUGAAAGUCCAACAAAUCUGGAUAAUUACUGGACACACAGAUUCGUUUUUGGUGAUUUUUAGGGCUACUCACUUUUAUCAUGGUGCUAGAGAAUGUUUCGAAACCAGACGUCUUUUCAAAUGCCUUUCUUUAAAAGUACACAACAAAACACCUUGUUAGUAUGAUGUUUUUUAAGUAAUACACAGUUAUUUCAUUAUUUUGAUGACUUGUUUAAAAAUGAGCAAUGAAGCAAAAUGCUAGCCUAAUAAGCUAGCUUAAUGAGUGUUUUUAGAAGCACUUUUUAUAAUAGUAUUUUAUAAUAUCUGAAAAGAAAUUAAUUAUUGAAUGCUACUCGAUCAUUGAGUGAGGCUUAAAGGAAUAUUCCGGGAUCAGUACAAGUUAAGCUCAAUCGACAGCAUUUGUGGCAUAAUAUUGAUUACCACAAAACGAUCAAUUGAGCUUAACUUGUAUUGAACCCGGAACAUGCCUUUAAUCAUCUACACUUUAAUUUCAAAAUGUGGAAAAUGUGGAAAAAUCGCAGUGAAUUCCAUUGUUUGACAGUUGAACAUUAUAUACAAGGCAUUUUUUACCAAAUUUCUCUGGUGCUCUUACAAUUUCACAAAUCCUUUAUACUUACAUUUAUAUACUGUAUAUUGAGCCGUACAUUUUGUAAUCAUAAUGUCCUUAGAGAAAUCACAAGAACGGUGAAAUUUUAGAAUGCUGGACCGCAGGUGUAUAACAGUGUGACUUUCUUUCUUUUUCAUAACACAAAAUGACUUAAUUUAAUGAUCUUUAAAACAGUCAUGUUGGCUGACUUCAAUUCAAUGGCAGAAGACAGUGACUUAUCCAGUGUGACGUCAUGACGUUUGGUAGCGAGACGUGCAAGAACCAAUAAGGUUAUCGAUGUUGCCAUCUGGAUUCAGUGAUGUAUACAGAGUUUAUGCAAUGAUUUUACUUGUUUUGAGAGUGAAAAGCAACUUAAAUUGCGAUCUCUUCGACAUACAAAGCGAUCGUAUGCCUUCAGAAGACUUGAAAUAUGACCCAUUUGACUUUUAUGACACUUUUGGUUGCUUUAUUAAGUGUUCAAAUGAGUCACCGUCUACUGCCAUUGGACUGAAUUCAGCCAACAGGACUGGAUUGAAUUAUCAUUAAGUUAUCUUCUUUAGUGUUCCAUAGAAAAAAAAGUCAUAUGGGUUUGGAACGACGUGAGGGUGACUUCAUUUUCAUUUUGGGGUGAACUACUCCUUUAAGAGUCUAGGGGAAAUGAUGGUCAAUAUUAUCUCCUCGAAGCAUUUAUCAAGAACACAUAACAGGGUUACCUGUACAUCAGUGUCACUGUUUCAAAGGCAGCUGGCUCGACUUGCUGUGGAGGAUGUUAGAUAACUUUAGCUGUAUGAAUAAAGUUGAGAUUUGUACAGUAAAUUAAUUAUUUUCUUUCUGGAAUGUACACUUGUAUUUUAGUUUAAUUAAGAAUAGUAUUCUUUCUUUGGGUUUGAAUUGAUCUUAUUUCAAAUGGUGCUACUUGACCUGCUAUAAAUACAAUAUAAUGUGAGAAGCUCUAAGGGUGGUGAAAAGGCUUAUGAAUGAUGUAGAGAAUCUACUUCUCAUAUACCUCAAAACUAGUUUGGCAAUAGAAUUAUAAUACCAAGGUGUUUCUUUCCUUUGAUUUCCAAACACGUUGUAGCAAAUAUGACACAGACCAUCAGGCCGUCAUUGAUGCUUAGUUCAUUUCUUACUUUCUUAACACUUGAUCUUCUAGAAAGUAUGACUUGAACUUCAAGUUUCAAUGGAGAUUGCAAAAUCAGGGAUAUGUUAGCUAGUUUCAAUCACUUGUGUUUAUGUUGUCUUCUCUAAUUCAGGUAUCAGCCUUUGCAUCUUAAAUCCUCAUGAACUAUGAAUUGUUUAUACCACACACAAAUCUAACUUUGUCAGAAAAAUAAAAUGACCCUGAUUUUUGUACUGUGUUAAAGUGGAAUGCUGAUAAACGUUUUUAAGAAGUAGUUUAAACAUAUGUUAACAUGCACUGAGUUAAUGAAAGGGAAAGUUGCAUUGACAUAAAGCAAUGCUUUUGCUCUUUACUGAAAGGUUAGACCAAGUCAGUUAAAAUAUUAAAUGAACAUUUAGGUGCUUAUGUACAGUUAGAGGCUAAAUGAAUUUACAACCACUAAACACGUGUCCCUUUAUCCAUUCAAUUAAAUUAGAUGUUUGGUGAGGUAUUAUUGGUUAUGAAUUAAAAGCAACUCAUUCCACUCUGACAUUUCACAAAAUGAAAGCACUUCAAUUUGUUUUUCAGAAAGAAAAAAAAAUAUGUAAAUUCAAGAUAGGUCGAUUGUUGUAAAUGUAUUCAAUAGAUUAUGCCAUGUUGUAUAUACCUCAUGCAUUGCAGAAGUCUUUUCUUCUUCAUUCUAAGUCCAGCUUUUGUUAUGUAUGAAUUUCCUUUGUUGGUUAAAUGUGUCUAUUAGUAAUCAAAUAUAGUUAUAGAUGAUAUUCAGUUUACCAGAAAGCUUUUUUUUCUUCUUCCAACAAACAGCAAAGUUUACUAUACCAGGUUUCCUGUUAAAAUCACUUUGAUGUGUUGACUAGUUAUGGAAGAAGUUCCCAGUUUUGUAGGUUCAAUUAGACAUUAGGUUUGAGUGUACAGGACCCAUCCUGAGUAGCACGUUGUGCAUGAAGCAAGAGAAAGGAGUGAUUAGGAUAUAGCGGGUGACAAGAAUAGCCAUACUUGAAGAUGCUUGAGUGUUUCUGAGUGAAGUCGAUUUUACUUGAAUGACUUUCUGACUUCAACUAAUGUACUGGGGUGCACAACAUACAUUAAGCUAGCAGACAUUAGACACUAAAAGGCUUACAUGUUCUUUUUUUCUGCCUUUUUCGUAUUGCUUACCUUGUUCCCUUAAAGUUUGUAAUGCUUAAAAUGUUGAAUUAAGAAUGUCUUUGAAUACUGUAAGUAUUGCAAUGUGCUGAAGAACUGAAUGCAGUUUAUUUGAAAGCUGUUUGUUAUAUCAUUCCUGAUAUUGCUGAAAUGUGGGUGUUUUUAAUAAAAUGUAUAUUUAUUUCAAGCA